GUACAUUAAAAUAGGCUAUAUUUGAUCCUCACAAAAAUGCUUGAAUAAAUAAAAAAAGUUAACUUUAAGUCCAUUAAGUGUACAUUUAACUAACCCACAUUUUACUUGAAGUACUUAUUUUCCGUUGGUGUUAUCAAUUAACAUUAAUAUGUGAAAAUAUUACAGCCUGUACAGAAACUGUCAUGGGCUUAGAAAGUUAUUAAACGCUGCUUCCGCGUUACAAACACUAGUAAUCGCCUUUCGAGUAGUAAUAGAGAAGAUCUGAAUGUGAACAGAUGGUCACUUGAUUAUGUUUGGUUCUGACAAAGCGUCUUGUUGAGGACAUUUCCCAAUCCAGAGCUGAAUUCACAUGAAGAGGAGGGACACUCGUUUUCCUCAGAAAACACAGGCUACAUUAUUGUUCAGCUGUGAUCUGCCCAGAGAGACAUGGAAAAGCACCAGGGAGCAGCUUUUCAUAUUCAGUAGGUCUUCUUUAUGAUGGUGAUGCUAUUGAACCUCAGGCUUCUUUGACAGAAGAUUAAGUAAAGGAUCAUAAAUUCAGAAACAUGCAAGCAUGUGCUGGAAAAGAGAAAUAUGUGUGAGGCUUGUCUGCAGGAAUAAAGUAAAGCAUAAACCAGGUGCUUUUCUCCUUGUGUGGCUCCUGUUCUUACAAUCAGUGUCCAGCAGCAACCAAAGCUCUCGAGGCCAAAGCGGUCGACCUGAAGUGAAGCCGGGCACCUGUGAGGUAGUGGAGGCUCAUCGCUGUUGCAAUAAGAAUAAGAUAGAAGAGAGGUCUCAGACGGUCAAGUGCUCCUGUCUGCCUGGACAGGUUGCUGGGACCACCCGCACAAAGCCUUCAUGUGUCGAUGCAUCUAUGGUGCGGAUGAAGUGGUGGUGUCAUAUGAAGCCAUGUUUGGAUGAUGAAGACUGUAAAGUAUUGCCUGACCUCACCGGCUGGUCCUGCAGCUCUGGGAACAAAAUCAAAACUACCAAGGUCACACGGUAAAGCAACACUUCUGUGGACAUGCGAUGACAACUCAUAAUUUCACAGGAGCAUAUUUUAAAGUCAGACCAGCAAAUGUCAACAAAUAUGCAGGUUCAAAAAAAGAUGUAAACUUAGAUGGCGAGAAGUUUUGAAAGCGUUGGGGAAUUUUGUUUGUCUAUUCAAGAGUUCACACUUAGCUGAUGAUUGAUAAUAAAGCUAGUUUGGGGUGCUGUCCCGGGAGAGAGCCCUGAGUUUAUAAGAUCCUCGAGCCCUGGACUCCCUCACGUUGCAAGGUGAGAGGAGAGUUUGAGCUCAGGUAGAUCUCGAUGACUCCCCCUCUUGCUUGUUGUAGCUAAGUGUCAGAUAUGGAUGCUGAAUGGUGUACU